UGCAUGACGCAUUCUAUCUGUUUGGGCCUUAAUGUGUAUAAGACUUGAACGCGCAUCACCCUUCUUACCUCGGCUGGGAACCGCGAUUUGUACCAAUUUUAAUCUUAUAGAGUAUCAAAAUCUGCGGCAUCUUUCUAAUCUGGCUUGUGCUGAACGUGAAGUCAACGUGCCUACUAUAAUGUGAAAAGUGGACAGCAUAUUACUGCACCACAUUUUCAGGAUACUGUAAAUUGUUCAGGUCCUUUCCAGUGACCUGUAUCCAUAGGAGAUGGGAGCUUUACUCGGUAUUCCACAGAGGUUCUGCCCUGGUGAAAACGAGACCAACUGGGCCGAUGGGUCCUUAACAUCAGAGCUGGCUAAAUAUCCGCUCUUCACUUUGUUAUUUUCUUAUGCGUCGAUGGCGAGUUUCACAGUCAUCGUAAUAUUCUUAGAAGCUGCGUUCUUUACGGCAACGCGGGUCCCACGUUCGUCCGUGGCCAAUCAUCGCCUCAACACCGUUAUCAUGAUGUCUGCUUUUCCGGCUUUGGUACUGCUCUGUCUACCAGCAGUCCUGAUUCCGAGUGCUGCUGCAUUUUGUCUGGCACUGCAAGACUUAUACUACUCCUUCGUCAUGUUCAAGUUCAUCGUGCUCCAAGUGGAUUACUACGGGGGGCAUCGGAAAAUGAUGGCGCGGCUGGCUGCCGAGAAAGUCAUGUUCAACAUCAAUGUGCCGUUACUUUGUUGCUUCUUUUGCCUCAAACCGGUCCGUCUGACAAGGAAAAGUUUCACGAUGAUCAAGAUUCUGGUGCUCCAAACUUCCAUCAUUAAACCAAUCCUAACUUUUUUCAAAGCAAUCGCUGGUUUCGCGAAGGUGAACCUGCUCGGCGUGCCGGAUUUGAUCCUGCAAGCCUUGACUGUUGUGUCCACAAUGACGGCAGUGACGGGAAUGAACAUGCUCACCAAGGCAUCGAGUAGCAAGGAUCUGGAGAAAUAUGACCUGCCUGCCAAGAGCCAGUUCAUGACUGCCGGCCUGUUGAUGAACGGACUUCAGCCAACUCUCAUCUCCCUGGGGACAGUCUUUAGACCCCUGGGUUGCUUCAUCCCUUUCCCUUCGCUUUUGCUGGCCUCGCAGUGGCAGGCGUUCCUCGUGAUUCUGGAGUCUACAUUGAUAAUGAUCCCUGUCCUGAGAUACUACAGGACGGCUGACAGCAACGUGGUGGGCGUACCCCCGCGCAUCGAGGAGGAAGAAGAGGAGCCGGCAACGCAACUGGGAAAGAUGCGACAAUGGAUCAGACGACACACACUGAUGUAAAGCAAGAACAGGUGAACGCAAAUCGCUCGUUACAUUGAGUUAAAGAGUCCAGGCAGUGAUAUGCUCUCAUUUUUGGAAACUUGUAGUCUUCUUCAGUGUGUGAAAACUUGUUGACGUCCUGCACUGUUUUACGCAUUUACGUUUGCCAAUGCCUUUCUGCACAAUAGAGGGCGUUUUUCCGUGAUGUCAAUCAGAAAAGACACUGUUCAGUUUGUAGAUUUUCUGUUUAUAUUGGAAACCCAAAUCUGCUCACUCAAUAUGUCACUGAGAAAGGGUUGCUGGUUGCUAUGAAUUUCAAGCAACAGUGAAUCACCAAGGAAAAGGAUGUUUUAAGCUGCAAAAUAUUAACAUGUCAGUGUUUUCGAGCACAGAUUAGAGCAACACUGAGGUUUUCUCCCUGGAGAGCCAAAAGAGUACCUAAAUAUCUUGUUUAAAAAGGCAAAUCAGAAUUGGCAAAAAGGAUGCAGAUUUGUAAGGAUUGUGGUAAAAGUGCAUUGCAUAGACCCUUUAAAUGUGACCAAUUAUUCAAAGACCAGGCUGAAGACUUUCAAACAUAAAGAAAUCGUACUAGAUUUAAUUCAAAUUUAAGCUCACAAAAAGGCUUAUUAGUCAAUUCAUUUAACUGGAUUGUUUUUAUUAAACUGAUUAAUCGUUCAGGUGUUUUCACCAUCUUGAAGGUCAACUAUAGAUUUUGCAACUCCUGAUCAACCAUCGCUCAAUCAUUGUUCAGCAUACAUGAUAAUUGCUGUGGUUGUGGAAUUCAUUAAUUUUUUACCGAAAUUUUGCAUUUUAAAUUAAUCAAUACAAUUUAGGCUAACCUGCAUGAUGGGUGGCUCAGUACGUGUUGCUCAAUACAAAGGGAGGACACUAUCUGUACGUGGACUGUGUCUGUUCGUCUUCUCUCGGUAAAAAGUUUGGCAAGCAAGCUCAGCAUUUCAGACAUUUACUGAAAUAGUUCUAUAGUCUUUACCCUCCAUGCACUGGCGUAUCCAAGGGAGGGGCAAUGGGGCCAUCCCCUCCCCCGAGUAAAAAAUGAAACAUAAUGAGAAGGGCGGUUUCGGUGGUUUAUUUAUUUCCUUUCCUAACGCAAACGUGUAAAAACACACCUGUCCUCACCAUUCAGAGGGGUCAUGAAGGAUACACGCCCGAAGAAACCAGUUUCCCCUCCCCUCCCCAAAACACGGUUCCGAAUCCGCCCUUGCCACUGCCACGAUACAGCUUGAUAUUAUACUUCCGAUAGUGUUUCGAACCGAUUAUUCGAAUACACAUGUUUGUCGUACAUCUCAGCAAAGUCACACACAAAACAGACAAAAUUCAGAAAUGGUUAAAAAGAAAAGUGAUACGCAAUUCUGAUGCUUCGAUCUAGCAACAUUCCAAACGUAUCUGCUCAUCGUAAGUGUUUGGUUAGGAAUUGAUUUGUUUAUAAUCAAUCAACAUGCAUUACAGAAUUAUCGAUUCUUUUAUAUGGUUAUCUAUACCUGCUAGCGCUUUAUACUAAUGUAAACAUUGUUGUUUGUAAAUAAUCGACACAACACCAUAUAAUAACAUUCAUCCGCUUAUUUUGUACAUAUGCAAUUUGAUGGAACUGGUUUCCUCGUUUAUUUUGUUCUACAUUGCAAGCAUCAGUCAGCUGAUAACCCUAUACACUUCUAUAUACACAGUAUAAUGCUUUCCUCUCGACUACACUCUCAAUUCCUCAAGCUGUAAAUAGAAAUAUAGUAUGUGUCAUAGGAAGUGUUAAUUUAUCAGAGCGAAAUGUAAUGGAACUGAUUUCGAGUCGCAGAUCAGCAUCGAAAGGAUGUAUUCUGAUAAUACGGUAGCGUAUUUAAGGAAGGAGGAGAAAGAGCGGAAAAAAUAAAGGAAAGGGCCCGGUUGCUUUUCUAUUUGAAACUGACUGUAGAAAAUGCCCAGUACAGAUAUGCUGAUAUUUACAUUGCUGAUAUUCCUAAAGUAUUACAUAAUUAACUCAGUAUCUAUAAUUUAUGUAGGUGUUAGAAUUUUUGGAAAUUCUCUGUCUACAGUUUAUGUAAUGUGUUGGAAUUUCUAGCAAGGGGGUCCUCAACCUCCUUAGAGACUGACCCGUUCGUGUCCAACAGUUCGAUGGGAAAAAAUACCAGAAUGUGGCAAAGAAGCCAAUGGCAGUUAUUGGCAGUAAAAAAUGUCAUUACGCAGGGAUCAACAAAGAUUCCAGUCACUCGUGAAGCUGACAUCUUGUGAUCUUAUGCACUUUGAAACUGUGAGAGCCAUAUGCAUGCCAGUAGUUAUAAUGAUGGAUAUUAACCCAAUUUGAAACAUAUGAAGCAAGAUAUGGGACAGAGAACACCCCCCGCACCUUUAUGUUGGUCAUUGUUUGAUCGGAAUCUCGGGAUUUCUUUACUGACAUGGGAGGGGGUGUUAGGUAACAAAAGUCUAGAGUGUGUGCAGGGAUUGGACAUGUAGGGGGGUACCCCUCCGUCCCAUACCUUGCUGGGUAUAAUUUGAAAUGGCUGUCUGAAAAAAGGAGCCAUGCGUGAUGUUUACUCUUACAUUGUUACAUGACAUUUAUGUAAAUAAAUAGUCGAA